AUGUCCUACGGCUGCUAUUCUGGAAACUUCUCUUCCCGCUCCUGUGGAGAUCACCUGAGCUACCCUCACUCCUCUUGUGGCUCUUCUUACCCAAGCCACCUACUCCAGAGCACUAGCUUCUGCCCCACCAGAACCUGCCAUCUGGGCUCCUCUCUUCACAGUGGCUUUCAGCAGAACUGCUUCCAGCCCAUCAGAUGCCAGACUUCCCAUGUGGUGAACAGCUCCUGCCAGCGGCCCUGCUACAGCAGCAGAGUAUCCAGUGUCUGCAGUCCCUGCAGAACCACAUAUGCUGGCUCUCAGGGCUUUGGAUCCAGCAGCUGCCACUCUCUGGGUUAUGGGUCUAGAAGCUCUUACUCUCUGAGCUGUGGGUCCAGUAGCUUUAGACCCCAAGGGUUCUCUUCUCUGGGCUAUGGUUCUGGAUUCUGCCACCCAUCCUAUGUGCCCUAUAGAACCUGUCAAUCUCCUUGCUACAGACCAAGCUGUGGCACUGGAUCUGGAUUCUAA